AUGCUGUUCUGCUCUGUUUCUGGCCUCCCCUGCCGCUUCCCGGUAGUGUGCACUGUGUGUGGUGCCGUGUACGAAGAGUCAGUAGCUAAGAAGCGUAUUGCAGACCGAGCUAAUUGCAUCUCCGGCCAUGAGCUUCUUCCUGAAGCAUGUAUUCCACUCAAGAAUGGACCCACUCACAGUGAGGAGAGUCUAGAGCAGGUGCGCAUUUCUGCACUCUCAGGGGUCUUGGAUUACUUUGGAUCUCUAGUGUCUUCUCUGGCGAGCGAUAACUACGGACUGCGCAAACAAUUGGCGGAAAAGUGUUCUUCAGAUAUUCCAGACGCUACAUCGAGCCAUCAAGCCGCAGCCUCCCAUCUGCAUGUUGCCAGCCCCACUACCUCUUCACCAACAAAGAUAUUAGAGCUAAUUCAGCGACAUACCCCACAACUUGUGGCAAUCAGGGCGUCACUGCCCCUGCCUCCAACGGUCCAGUUAAGCUCGGGUUCAUUAGAAGAGCUCCGAAGUAGGCUCCGCAAACACCUAAUGUUCUCAGAGAACCCCAUUUUUAGCUUGCUUUCUAUCGAACAAAAGCCAUCUAUCAGUAUCAAGCUAGACCGCAUCUGGCCCGUUUAUCAAAUACCUCAUGGAAAUAGCGAUCGAGUGCCUGUUAAUUUCAUAGCUGUUUCAUCUAAACUCUAUUUGGAAGUGAGUGGAACACACUUAUCCAUCAACGGCACAGCACUACUCUUUGUGCAAUGUAACCACAUCUAUAGCGCGCAAGACUCCACACUUAUUCUUCAGGACAUACUUACGGCUCUUAACCUAGACACUCCUCCGAGAGUGCUGACAGUUUCUUCCGAAGUGUUCCAUGUCCAUCCAUAUGGCUCCUGCAUCUAUGCGAGAUCCCAGGACAUGCUUGUGUUAACGCCAGUAGAGAUCGAUCAUCUGGAUCAUCUUGGUAAUAUCAGCUUUUCCAUUUCUGCCUCAGUAACCUCUCUCUUACAGACUCAGCCACUCUCGCCUACAUUGAGCUUUUCCUACGAGGGAGAAUUGCUGGGGGUUAAUCCAGAUGGAAGGUUGCUAGCGACGUACCUACCGAACCAAUCUACUCUUCUGCUCUCCGAUAUUUGCCAGCUCCCUUACAAAUUUGGACCCCUUCUGCGAUACCACCUUGAGGAUCUACACCCCACUAGAAUUGACUGGGACGGAACUGGUAAGCAGCUUACUCUUUUAGGAAAAGAUGGGACGUCAGUUCAAAUGAGAUUGGAGCGGGGGACACUUUCGAGGAGUAAAUGA